GAGCUCCCGAGCACCCGUAGGUCGGAUUCCGUGGAUCAAGCACCGGAAGUGACCGCUUCUUGGCUGCUUCCUCUCCUGGAGUCCAAAGUCCCGGUGCUCCGCCGCGAUAUUCACUAAACAACUGGGAGUCAGGCAGCAUGGAGGCAGCGCGCCCUCCCUCGACUGCAGGGAAGUUCGUGGUGGUCGGCGGCGGCAUCGCGGGCGUCACUUGUGCGGAGCAGUUGGCUACUCACUUUCCAUCAGAAGAUAUUCUCUUGGUAACAGCUUCUCCUGUUAUUAAAGCAGUUACGAAUUUCAAGCAGAUUUCUAAAGUAUUGGAAGAAUUUGAUGUUGAAGAACAAUCAAGUACCAUGUUAGAAAAACGCUUUCCCAACAUUAAGGUUAUAGAAUCUGGCGUAAAGCAACUGAAGAGUGAAGAACAUUGCAUUUUAACAGAAGACGGCAAUCAGCAUGUAUAUAAGAAACUCUGUCUGUGUGCUGGAGCUAAACCAAAGUUGAUAUGUGAAGGAAAUCCUUACGUAUUAGGAAUCCGUGAUACAGACAGUGCUCAGGAAUUUCAGAAACAGCUUACUAAAGCUAAAAGAAUAAUGAUCAUAGGGAACGGUGGUAUUGCACUUGAGUUAGUGUAUGAAAUUGAAGGCUGUGAAGUGAUUUGGGCCAUUAAAGAUAAAGCUAUAGGGAAUACUUUCUUCGAUGCAGGAGCAGCUGAAUUCUUGACUUCAAAGCUCCUUGCUGAAAAACCAGCGGCUAAAAUUGCACAGAAAAGAACCAGAUAUACAACUGAAGGAAGGAAAAAGGAAGCUAGAAGCAAAUCGAAAGCAGAUAAUGUAGGCAGUGCGUUGGGACCAGAUUGGCAUGAAGGCUUGAAUCUUAAAGGAACAAAAGAGUUUUCUCAUAAGAUUCACCUUGAAACUAUGUGUGAAGUAAAGAAAAUCUACCUUCAGGAUGAGUUUAGAAUUUUGAAGAAAAAGUCCUUCACUUUUCCAAGAGACCCUAAGUCAGUUACAACUGACACAGAGAUGUGGCCUGUCUAUGUGGAAUUGACCAAUGAAAAGAUAUAUGGCUGUGAUUUCAUUGUCAGUGCUACAGGAGUUACACCAAAUGUAGAACCUUUUCUCCAUGGUAACAGUUUUGAUCUAGGAGAAGAUGGUGGCCUGAAAGUGGAUGAUCAUAUGCACACAUCCCUUCCCGAUGUCUAUGCUGCCGGUGACAUCUGUACUACAUCCUGGCAGCUGAGCCCAGUCUGGCAGCAGAUGAGGCUGUGGACCCAGGCUAGACAGAUGGGAUGGUAUGCAGCAAAGUGCAUGGCUGCAGCGAGUUCAGGGGACUCCAUUGACAUGGAUUUCAGCUUUGAACUGUUUGCUCAUGUGACAAAAUUUUUUAACUAUAAGGUUGUACUGCUGGGAAAAUACAAUGCACAGGGCUUAGGUUCAGAUCAUGAAUUAAUGCUGAGAUGUACCAAAGGACAAGAAUACGUCAAAGUCGUCAUGCAAAAUGGACGAAUGAUGGGAGCUGUCUUAAUUGGUGAAACUGAUUUAGAAGAAACAUUUGAAAACCUAAUCUUAAACCAAAUGGAUCUUUCAUCAUAUGGAGAAGAUCUGCUAGAUCCAAAUAUUGAUAUAGAAGAUUAUUUUGACUGAAAAUGGAAUUUCUUUAAGAAUCAUAUAAAGUUCCAGAUGACACCAGAAGAAUCACAAGUCAAUAAAAUGAAUGACUGCAUUGAGUUAAUGAUGACCACACUGAAAAUUACUGAAGUGAUAAUGGUAUUAGUGGAAAAGUAUAAAAACAUAAAUUCCAAGUUUGAAAUCAGUUCAAAUAGUUUAUUUAUAAUCUUUCCAAUACAGCACUGACUGCUUAGAUAAAAAUCUUAAGUUAUUUAUUUCUGUGUUCUAAACAUAAAUAUGUUUACUUGUGAUUUAGCUUUGAAGCAAAUUUAGCUAAGUUAUCUACUUAGCCAAAUGUACUCCAGUAGACUAGAACCAUUCUUUGUGAAAUGUCAAAAUAUGACUGUGGUUUCAGGAACUUUAAAAUUGGUUUUAUUUUACUUUAAAUAGAGAUGUAGCAGUAUCUCGUCUGCUAAUAUUUAUAUUGAUGACUUACUCCUUUUUUGUUUGAAUUGUACUUCUGGUUUUAUAACCUGAAAUCAUCUUGUCCAACUCUAGCCCACAGGCCUAAUGCAGCCCAGGACAGCUUUGAAUGCAGCCCAACACAAAUUUGUAAACUUUCUUAAAACAUGAGAUUUUCUUGCAAUUUUUUUUUUUAAGCUCAUCAGCUAUCGUCAGUGUUAGCGUAUUUUAUGUGCGGCCCAAGACAAUUCUUCUUCAGUAUGGCUCAGGGAAGCCAAAAGAUUGGACAUCCCUGAUCUACAUAUUUAACUUAAAGUAUCACUCAGUGAGCCUGUCAGUAUAAUACUGCUUUCAAAAAGAUAGUUAUGUCAAAAGAAAAAAUAUAGCUAAGUAUAUAAAGGCAUAAAAAACUUAAGACAAUUAUAUGAACUUAUUCUCAAAUAUUUUACAUAUAAAGUGUUUUACAUAAAAAUUUUUCCCUUGUAUUAUACUGGAAAAUUAUAUAAUUCAUGAUCUCUAAUUUUCAAACGUUCUCAAAAGUUUAGAUCUUCAGAGAUAAGCUCUGAAAAUAUAGAUCCAUACAUAUAAAAUAUCAGUGAAAUUGCUUUAAAAAUUAAACUUUUGUCUAACUACAAAAAUAAUGGCAUAUACAUGCAUAAACCAUCUUUAAUUAGAAAAUUUAGUAACAUUCAUUUCAGGCAUCAUCAAUUUUUCUUUUCUUAGCUCCUGUAUUCUUAGAACCCGAUUGCUGAAGCAUGUUUGCAGCCUUCUUCUGGAAGUUGCCUGAAUUUUUUUCCUCCAUCUUUUUAUCACCUUGUUCAGAAUGACAAGUUUGAGAUGAUUCAGCCUACGAAAACAAUAACAAAGCAAGCACUUUGGUAAAAAUUCAGCCAUUCAGUUUUCUCAUGAGAUUAAAGAUUUCAAAAUAUUCUUUCUGUAUCAGUUGGCUUUUUAAGUAUACAGGGAUCUAGUUUUUUUUUAAUCUGCAAAUGUCUAUUCAAAUAUGAGCUCUAUUUUGCAUAAAAGGGGCUACAUUGUGAGAGAAGUUCUAAAGACCUCAAAUGUCCUGAGACACAAUGGCACCUGACAUGCUUUUGCAGACUUGAUAGUAUUUGGUUUAUAACAGUGGUUUUUAACCGCUGGAAGAGCAGAAACAGACUUCUAAACUAUUAGUAAUCACAACCAAAUAAAAGCAGGUAGCAUAACAAAAUUAGAUAUUCAAAUGGAGUCCUCCCAUUCCAAGAGAUUGGAAACCCCUAGUUUAUGUUAAAAGGCCAGUCUAAAUUCUUUCACUUAUAUCUUUACAGAAAACUAUGUUUUCUCUCUUCCAUACCCAGAAAUCUAAUCAGAAAACCAGAAAUCUAAUCAGAAAACUGGACCUAGGGAAUAUGACAGAAAAGCAUCCCAUAGGCUUUAAUAUACUUUUAAAAUAAAUAUAAUAUACUUUAAAUAUAUAAAACUGAAAAUUAAUAGCCAGUUACCCUGAAAGAGUUCUGCGUGGACUUUGUCACUUGCAUAGUAAUAGCAUGUGCGUCAUUGUUCAGAAGAUUAGCUUUAGGUCCUAUUUUCAAAUAUGAAAUGGUAGCAUAAGCUGUAAAACUGUAGUCUUCUCUGCAUAAAAUAAAGGCCAACAAUAAGAAAGUUUUUGAAGGAAUCACAGAAAACAAAUUUAUAAAAGAACUGCAAUAAUUUUUAACACAUUGGCUUGAAAUAAUAAAACAAGAAUGCAAAUAAAGCCUUUAAAGAAAA